UGAGUGAGUUGUGAAGAUUACAACCGGUGAUAGAAGUGCGAUCGGUCAGCGACAGCGACCAUUUGGCAAGACAACUAAAAGUCAAAAACGAGUGUGUUGGCCCUAUUUUUAGUGAAACAAAAAUCAAAUCAGCGUAAUUUCAAUAUUAUAAUGAGAUCUCAAUUUGAAUAUUCAUUUAACUAGUCGAAUUAGGUGACUGUGGAGACAUAUCUAUUGUUCUUUGUUACAUCAUGAAUAAAAAUUUACCGAGGGAAGACAAUUGAUUUUCGGUAGUGUAAAAAUUAAUGGAAAUUAAUAUUAUGGAGGUGAGAGGGGCUGGAGAUGGGGCUGCUGCCGUGGAUUAUGUUCGUCCACCUUCGAAACGUUAUACCUGGGCCGAAGUACGGCAGGCCGUACACGAUUUACGGAAGGAAUUAUCAUGUCUAUCAACCAUGGUUCCGAUUGCAAUAAGUUUUCGUAAGCUGGCCAAUGGAAAGAUAAGGAUAUAUUUUCUAAGGACUCCUCAGAAUGGAUGGGAGAUAACACUGCUUUACACUGAUGUAUCACCAACACAACAAGCAAACAACAGCAGACUCGACUGGAAGCCGCUGAUCGAAUCGAAUGUAGCUCUCGGCGUAUCAUCAGGGAAAUGGUCGAGAGAGGAACAGUUGCUAUGGGAACGGCAGAGGGUAGCCGCUUGGGGCAUAGCCUCGUAUGAACUGCAUCAGAGCUCCGGGAAGAUCAUGUUUCCAUGCGCCUCCUCGCUGUUUGUAGCCGAUGAGGGGUCCACACAGGCGCCCCCUCUAGUUCCUCGUUGUCUGAAUACUGGUGGAGGGGCGCCCCUAACCCCGGCAAUGUGUCCCCGCACCCCAGAGUUGGUGGCUCACGCCGCUAGAGGCGACAUCUGGCUGGCGGGCGGGCAACUAAGACGGCCUACACGAUUGACGUAUGCUUGUAAAGGACAUGAACCGGAUCGGUUAGCUGAUGACCCUCGGCAGGCGGGCGUCCCGUGCUACGUGACCCAAGAGGAGUUCUCCCGGUAUACCGGCUUCUGGUGGCAACCACAGGCUGAAGAUGAUGUAUACAGGAUAGUUUACGAGGAGGUGGACGAGAGCGAGGUGAAGAUCUACUGCUUCCCAUCCUCACAGUCCACCAGUGGAGAGGUCGAGGAGUUCAGGUUCCCUCGAGCUGGUACUCCGAACGCCAAGUCGUCACUGAAGAUGUUGACCUUCCGGCUCCAAAAGGCUACAUCGUCCACCGUCCUUGACUACUACCACGAAGGCGCUUCUGAACACUUAGGCGACACAAGCAAUGGUUGUAUGGAAGUUGUGGAUCUACGAUGGUACGAGCUGAAGCAGCCCCUCAAGGAGUGUUUCCCCUGGUUCGAAUACCUGGCCAGGGUUGGCUGGACUCCGGAUGGACAAUACGUAUGGGCCCAACUCCUGGAUCGUAAGCAGCAGCGUUUGGAGCUGGUCCUCAUCCCAUUGACGCAGUUCUGUACCCCGGCUCAUUACGACAUGGCCGGCGCCGUCAGCGCUCGCCAUGACCCUUCACCAAGCUACGAACAGCCGAUACAAGACAUACAGAUCCUGGUCUCAGAAACGGCCCCAGACGCCUGGAUCAACGUCCACGAUAUUUUGUAUUUCCUGCCAUCUAGCGGUGCUGAGCUGAACUUCAUAUGGGCGAGCGAGGAGUCAGGGCAUCUCCACCUGUAUCUAGUCACGUGUGCUCUGAUACAAAGAAGUCAAGGACAGAAAAGAACGGUGAUUGAGAUGAUUAACGAGGAUGAGAGCAACGCCGUGGGACCCAACAUGAUAAGCAAGGAGCCGAUCACUGCUGGAGAGUGGGAGGUCAUGUCGAGGAAGAUAUGGGUGGACACAGCGAGACAGUUGGUGUAUUUCGUAGGGCUCCGCGAGACGCCACUGGAGCGCCACCUGUACGUGGCGCCCCUCUCUCCGCCGAGACCUCACGCCGUACUCCUGCUCACUCCCGUUGGACACUCUUGCACCAUCGAUAUUGAUGAGGAUUGCAGUACGGCGGUGAUAACCUCCUCUAAUAUAACGACGGCUCCAGUGACGCGGGUGUAUCGUAUCCUACACGCACCGCCGCGUCUACUCGUGCAGGGCAGCAUCACUGAAAGAGCUCCAUCAGAAUGCACGGAGGUCAGAAGUCUAAACGGCUCGUGGGACAGUCGGGAUGGUGAGGAAGAUACGGAUAGCGAAACCGGAUCUUUGGUUAGAGAACGCUCCCUAAGUCUCUCGGACAUACCGCCGCCUCAAAUAUUUGAGACCCGACUGUCUUGUGGGGCGACGGCCUACUGCACGCUGUGGCGCUGCGGCCGCGCGGGGCGAAGCCCUACCGUGCUACACGUGUAUGGAGGACCGGAGGUGCAGACCGUUACUAAUAGUUACAAGGGUAUUCGCCAACUCCGCAUGCAUAUGCUGGCGGCGCGCGGCUUCAACGUCGUUGCUGUGGACUCGCGGGGCUCCAAGCACCGCGGCCGGGCUUGGGAGGCAGCCAUCAAAGGCAAGCUCGGACAGAUCGAGUUGGAUGACCAGGUUGAGGUCUUGCAAUGGCUGGCCAAGGAGACUGGUUGUAUAGAUAUGGAGAGGGUCGCUAUACACGGAUGGAGUUACGGUGGAUACCUAUCCUUGCUAGGGCUGGCGACCCGGCCGGGAAUAUUCCGCGCGUGUGUAGCGGGGGCGCCAGUGACGUGCUGGCGCCUGUACGACACAGCCUACACGGAGCGCUACAUGGGCCCCCCCUCGAGGAGCCCCCACGCAUACACAAGGGCUAGUGUACUGGCCCACGCCCCCUUCUUCCCAGACCAGGAAGGCAGGCUCCUUAUCAUCCACGGUCUUGCUGACGAGAAUGUCCAUUUCUGCCACACUGCCGCGCUUACAGCUGAGCUGGUCAGGUUGGGGAAACCACAUCGAGUACAGGUGUACCCGGGCGAAAGACACUCUCUCCGAGCGAUGCAUGCCGCCAAACAUUACGAAGCGACCCUAUUACACUUUUUACAUGAAAACCUGUAAAAUGUAAUGUAAAAAUCAACUUU